AUGAGAGCCGCUCGCCUGCCCGCGCUUCUCGCGCUCCCGCUGCUGCUUGUGCUCGUCGCGAGCCUGUUGGUUACCCCGCUGCGCGCCGAAGACUGCGAUGCAAUCCUUGAUAAGGUGGAGGAGUGUGAGGAGAAUGUGGGGAAGUUGAGGAAGUUGCGAUUCGAGGCGGAGAACAAGUUUGACGCGACGCAUGCGAUGGGGGAGAAGAUGAAGGAGAAGAUGGCCGAGUGUGAGGAGACCACCGCCAAGAACGCUGCUGAGCGGCACAAAGAGAAGAGCGAACUGAUGGCACAGGUGCAUGAACUGGAGAACAAGGUGAAGGAGCUGCAAGCGAAGCUGGGCAUCAGUGAGGACAGCAGCACCACCGGCGACACCAGCAGUGACCACAACCUCAGUGACAAGUAG